GUGACGGGAAAGUAUCUCCUACUUUCGGAACCGUAGUGAUUUUUUGCCGAAUAAAGUGUUGCCGUAUGUUGUGUUGUCGUUCCUCACAAUUAUUGUUGAUCAUUUGUGUUCGCGUGGGUGGCUGCGCGUGUGUCCCCGUCGGUGAAAAUCCCAGCAGCCAUACCGUACCAGUGCCUUCGGCGUAGAUCGGCGGAAUCUAAACAAUUUGCGUUGCUGGUCCUGCUGCUGCUGCUGCUGCAAACAAAUCUUUUGUCAUCGGGACGCGGGUGCGCUACGCGAGAGAAAAUCGACCCACAAUAAGGGUAGUGGUGCAGUGCGUCGACCGGAACCGUUUGCAAGUGCCGGAACCAUGCUAGCCCUCAUCAAUCGCAUCCUGGACUGGUUCAAGAGCCUCUUCUGGAAGGAGGAGAUGGAGUUGACCCUCGUCGGGCUGCAGUACUCCGGCAAGACCACCUUUGUCAACGUAAUCGCCUCUGGACAGUUCUGCGAGGACAUGAUACCGACGGUCGGGUUCAACAUGCGCAAGGUGACGAAAGGAAAUGUCACGAUCAAGGUGUGGGACAUCGGUGGUCAGCCACGGUUCCGGUCCAUGUGGGAGCGAUACUGCCGAGGCGUGAAUGCUAUCGUGUACAUGGUAGAUGCGGCGGAUUUGGAUAAGAUGGAAGCGUCCCGGAACGAACUGCACUCGCUGCUUGAUAAGCCCCAGCUGGCCGGCAUUCCGGUGCUAGUGCUUGGCAACAAGCGAGAUAUUCCCGGGGCAUUGGAGGAGACCGGGUUGAUUGACAGAAUGAACCUUUCCAGCAUACAAGAUCGAGAGAUCUGUUGUUAUAGUAUUUCUUGCAAAGAAAAGGACAACAUCGACAUCACAUUGCAGUGGCUAAUCGCCCAUUCGAAGAGCCAAAGUCGUUAAACGUUGGUAUUAGAAUCAAAAGCAAGCGAGUGAAAGUGUAUGGAAGUGAAUAAUUGAGUCACGUCGUAGGGUAAACUGCUAGCCGAAACCGACCGUUCAGCACACAAUCCUGAGCAUAAGCUAGAAAAUCUCAUAUUAAUUUGCCGGGGCGGUUGUCUCGCACUUUAUUCGCUAAACCGUAGAGCGCAACGGCAGUUAGGGAGGCGUCACGUGUGCCCGUUGCAUUGAGGAAACAAGAACAGAGACAAAAAAACAAAGGAACUGAAAACAUGUUCGUCAGUAAAAUCCAACUCAUCACAGCGCGUGUGAGAUAAGCGGAUGAAGUCACACUUUUAGCAUAUGCUAUUUUGUUCAAUGGUUUUGGUACGAUACACCAGCGAGGGAACCCUUGAUAGAACUCAUGGCGCAUUAUGGUAUCAAAACUAACGUACCUAGUAGGGCAGCCGGCCACGCUGAAUGCUGUCGAUGUACGCGGAGCACUAGUGCUGCUCACGAAGCCGCCGCUAUUGCACGGUAGCCCGCAAAAGCCAGAUGCCUAGAAAAGGUAGGAAAUGUAGCUGCAUUCGCUAGAGAAAACCCCCAGCCUGUAAUCCCAAAAAAGAGAGAGAAAGAGAGAAAGCCAUCAAAAUACAAAAGGGCACCAUAGGACAAACAAAAAUCGCUAAUUCGGUGCUUAGAGCGAUGAUUCUGCUAAUAAUAGACUAAUUCCGGAAUUGCACACUCAUUCAUCUUGAUCUUAGACAGAGCAGGAUCGUGAGGAUGAUCGCUGUUAUCAGUGGACCCGGUACAAACGCAUUCGUUUAUCAGUCUCAAGAAGCAAUAGUUGAUCGGCAAAAUUGCAGAAAAAAUAUUUGUUAACGAUUUAAAGAUUCCAAACGGGGGAAGCGACAUUUUUCCGAGCUAUACCAUCGCUACCACCUUUUCGGUUAUUUACGCUUGAUGGCAACGUUCAGAAAGGAUACCUCUCGCGGAUUGGCAGUAAGCAAGCGACAGGAAACAGUUACACGUGCUCUAGGGUUAAGAGAAAAGUUACUGAAAUGUUAUACUGAAUUAACUAGCGACGUACGCAAGACUUUUGUUUGGGUUUUAUGUAGCAGUUAACCGUAUGGAUACCAACGCAAAGGAACGAACGACAGCCAGCGUGAAUGUGGGGUGUGUUUGAUGCAUGUGUGUGAUGAGAGUACGUAAGAACGAGAACGUUUGUUUCAAUAUAGAUAAAAAAAGAAGCUCGAUACAAUAUUCAACCAAAUCUAUCGCAACAAAAUGUUCGUUCUUUUUGUGGCUUAACGCCCGAUGAGGGCACUGGCCAAGCAUGUUAUUUUUUAUACAUAUUUCUCAAAGUUAACCGAAUUGUUUUAUAUAAUUUGCUCGAAAAAAAAACUCCAUGAACUAACUUUACACAAAUGUAUUUUUUUUGUCAGGGCGAAAGAUGUCAAAGAUCAAUCAGUUCCAGGUUAUACUAAUAUUUUUUUUGCUAAUUAUGUUUUUUAGAUAAGGCUCUACGCUUUUUAUCGUCACUCUGUUGCAAUAUAUUAUUUUUUUCCAUUUAAAAGUAUAUAAAAGAAAUUUUGUGAUUCUGAAGUAGAAUAUAUUAUCUUAUCAUGAAACUAUUACCUAUUCAAAAUUGUAAAGCAUAACAAACCACGAAGCUAGGAUAUCGUGAUGAUGGAUUUGGAAGCCAACGUUAAAACAAAACCCUUGACGCGAGUGACACGGUAUAAACCAUUUGCUAGAUUCGAAAGGAAGAGGCAGAAACUUUCCAGCGGAAAAAAGGUAGAUAGUAGCGAUUUGGGAAUCGAGCGAGAGAAGCAACGCGGCAAGGUGGAAAACGUAUUGGUUCUAAGCAAACGGAAAUCAAAGUGGAAGCGAAAAAAUAUAGCAAACUAUCUCGAUACCAAUAAUUACAACAGCAACUAGAAAUUGAAUUGUAUAUAUUGACAAGCAUAUGAUUAUAACGCAAGACGGUAUAUUAAACAGGAAAAAUAAAACAA